CGAAUCUGCUAUACCUGAUGAUUUACAGUCAAAAUACGAUUUACAUAUGCAAAAAUAUCCUCAUUAUAGGCUUUUUAUUGUAUAUUAUUAGGAAAUAUUUUUUACAAUUUUAUAAAAUAUUUUAUAAAUUACGAUUCAUCAAGAAAAAAAUGAAUGAUGACAUUUUAAAAUGGGCACAAUGGGAUUCAAAGUGGAACGACAGUUUUGGUGAAAAUGAGAUACCUAUCGUACAUAAAUGGCCAAUUGUGUUGAAAGUAAAUAUCAUCAGCGGGUCGGACAUUAACAGAAACAGUAUCUUAGACCAUGUUGAUCUCCCAAAUCCGCAAAUCGAAGUCGAAUAUAAAACAGCAAAAGGAAAAAAGAAAUUUCAAACAGAUUCAAUAAUUGAUACCGUAUUUCCAGUUUGGAAUGAAAAAUUUAGAUUCGUAUUGCCAGAUGAGCAAGAGCAUGACGAUGUGUUGAAGUUUCGCCUGUUUGUUGAAGAUUGGUACAACUCUCACGUGUGUAUUGGCGAAGCUGAAUUCAAUCCGAGGACAUUAAAAGUUGGACAAAACUUCGAAGAUGAAAUUUCUUUUGGCAAAGCUGGCAAAAUAAAAGUAAAGAUUACAAAGAAACAAAAAUCACAUAUCCGACUCUCUCUUGCCCUGAACGACAAGGAAAUGGAAUUUCGAAGAAAACGCGUCCCCAGGGUCAUGGCGGCAAUGCAACAGGCGCUAGGACAUGGGAGCCCACAGAAUAUAUUUGAGACUCCCAUUAUGUCAAUUGUGGGGUCAGGGGGUGGAAUUCGCGCAAUGACGGCAAUGUGUGGUGUCAUGGAUGGUUUGAGUGAAAUUGGAUUACAGGACUGUAUGACCUAUGCAUUUGGAACAUCUGGCUCUGCUUGGUAUUUUACUGGUCUUUAUACGAGACAAGCAUUUGAAGAGAAUAAAAUGGAAAGUUAUCAUUCGUGGCUGAGAGAAUCAUUUCAAACUUCUGGCUACUGGGAAAUGAUAAAACUACCCAACAUGAUAAAAGGCCUAAAUAUGUACAAGAAAAAGACGAAAGUGGGCCAACCUUUUACGUUCGUUGAUUAUUAUGGAAUAUGCGCCACAAACAAAGUCAUCGGAAAAGAGUAUUCAAAAUACAAACUCUCUGACAUAAGAAAUUACGUCGAAACAGCUGAGGUUCCGUAUCCAAUACUAAACACAAGUCAAGUGCAAGAUUUUCUGGAUGUCAAAACAUAUAGAGCGGACUGUACGUUUUCUGCUUACGAAUGUGAGUUUCCACAAUAUGGAAUGAAUAUUAAUAUGCAAAGAUUGAACAGCGAAUUCUAUUCCGGUGUAAUGGAAAGAAACUUGCCGGAGCCGGAUUUAUCUUUCAUCAUAGGAACAUUAGGGAGCGCUUUCGGACUCCGCUUAAACCGGAUUUUGGGACUUGAAUCCUACGAAGAUAUGGACAACAUGCUGGAAAAUUUUCUUGACGACGUAUCAGAAACAAUAGGAAUCGAUUCUUCAACAUCAUCGGAAGCAAAGUCCAAAUGGGAAGAAUUGAAAGCAUGGUUGAGCUCUUUGCCCCAGUUUAUUGGUCGAAACAGGAUAAUCGAAAGAACCGGGAAAAUUUUAAACGUUGCAAGGGGAUUUGAAAAUAUGAAACGAUUUCGAAUUAAUCCGAAGGCUGGUGAUUCAGGAGAAAUCGUUGACGGCUUUGAAGAAGACGGAGAGAUUUUGGAUCUUGUUGAUGGAGGAAUUUUAUGCAACGUCGCCAUUGAUGCAGCUUUGAGACCGCAACGCAGAAACGAUAUUCUAUUCAUCGCUGACCUUACUUCAUAUGACGCUGAUGUCGGUUUCGGAACUUUAGAGGCUUCAAUACGAUUAGCGAAGAAGGGCGGAUAUAAAUUUCCACCGAUUGACUUGAAGAAAAUUAAGAAACAAGAUACGAAGGAAUUCUACAUUUUUGAAGAUCCAAACGACCCAGAAUGCCCACUUGUGUUUUGGUUCUUGAUGUCAACUAGGAAAUUUUGGAAAGUUCGCGAUUACAUUCCCAGAAACGCGGAUGUUCUACAAAGCAUUCCCGAUGAUAAAAGAUUCACGGAUUUUCAUGUAUAUUCAUCUGACGCUUACAACACAAUGGAUCUAAAAUAUACAAAUUUGGAAUUUGAUAGACUUCGAGAACUCAUGACUUACAAUGUUACAAUGAAUGGGGAGAAAAUCAAGCAGAAGAUCCGAGAAAAAAUUGCAAUGAAGCGAAGGUUAAACGCGGCCGCGGUAUCGUAGGUUUCAAUUUAC